AUGUUCCCCUGUCCUCAGUGUGGAAAGAACUUUACACAAAAAGGAAACCUUGGGAUUCACUUUAGGAUUCACUCUGGAGAGAAGCCUUUCGAAUGUCAUCUGUGUGGCAAGAGUUUCUCAGAUCCAAGAAAUCUCAGAGAUCACCGGCUCUCUCACUCUGGAGAAAGAGUGUUUGACUGUGAUCAGUGCGGCAAAAUAUUUAUGUUUGCAGCACACCUGAAGAGACACAUGAGAAUCCAUACAAAUGAUAAGCCAUACUUGUGCUCCAUUUGUGGACAGAGUUAUUCACGCAUGGACCAUUUUAAAGAGCACCAGAAAUUACAUGCCAAUGUGCGAGCACAUGUGUGCGCUGAGUGUGGGAGUUCCUUUAAUUUAGCCAGCCACUUGAAAGACCACCAAAAACUUCACACUGGAGAGAAACCUUACAAGUGUUCACACUGCGGAAAGAGUUUCUCGCAGUCAGGAUCUAUGAAAAAACAUGAGAGAAUUCAUACAGCAGUGAAGCCAUACAUUUGCCCUUCAUGUGGGAGAGCCUUCUGUCAGUCAAGUGCCCUGCUGAAUCAUGUAAAAAAAACAUUGCCCAAAGUUGUCACAGUGUAA